AUGCCUUCUGAUCUGGAUCAACUUCUCGACAUGGGCUUCGACAAGGCCCGUGCCGAAAUCGCCGUCAAAAAGACCGGAGGACUCCAGGGUGCCCUGCAAUGGCUCGAGGACAACCAGGACAAGUCGAUCGAGGAUAUCCAGGCCGAAGCCGCGACCAAGGCUAAUGACGACGCGGAGGACGAUGCCGACACCAAAGCCCAGAUUGCAGAGCUCGAGGGCGGUGCCACCGCAAAGUCGCUAGUCUGCAAUGAGUGCGGCAAGAAGUUUAGAAACCCAGAUCUGGCCAGCUUCCACGCCAGCAAGACCGAGCAUACCGACUUUUCCGAAUCCACAGAAGAAAUCGCCCCCCUCACCGAAGACGAGAAGAAGGCCAGACUCCAGGAGCUACGAGAGCGCUUGCAGGCCAAGCGCGCCACCCAGUCCAUCCAAGACAAGGAAGACCACAAGCGCAACGAGCAAAUCCGACAAAAGUCUACAAAGGAGUCGCAGGACGCAAAGGAGGAGCUGCAGCGCAAGGAGCAGAUCAAAGAGGCCGCCCGCAAGCGUCAGGAGAAGCUCGACGACAUUGAGGCCAAGAAGCGCAUCAAGGCCAAGAUUGAGGCCGACAAGGCCGAGCGCAAGCGCAAGGCCGACGAGGCCAAGGCGGCGCGCGAGGGCAGAGCACCAGAGGCCACCGCCGCCGUCCCGGUGCCUGCUGCUGCCGUUGCCGCGGCGCCCAAGCCCAAGGCGAACCACAACGAGGCCCGUCUGCGGCUGCAGACGCCCAGCGGAAACAUCAUGAAGACGCUGCCGGCCGAGACGACGCUGUUUGAGCUGGCCCAGGCCGUGCAAAGCGAGACGGGCACCGAGGUCAGCAGCUUCUCGACGACGUUUCCCCGGCAGACGUUCCAGGGCGACAUUGACAUGUCCAAGACGCUCAAGGAGGCGGGCCUCGUGCCCAACGCGGCUCUGAUUGUGAAAUAG